AUGCCAGCAAACUCUCUCCCCUCGAAAAUCGGAGUCAUCAUCUUCCCCGGCUUCCACCUACUCGACUAUGCCGGCCCCCUAGAUGCCCUCAACAUCCUCUCCGCCGACCACCCUCUCACGCUCUGCACCAUAGCCGCAACACUAGACCCAGUGCCAACCCAGAACAGCUUGCAAGACAAGCAAGGCUCCCAGUUCUCACAAUCCAUAGUGCCUACUCAUACAUUCGACAACGCACCGGAUGAUCUAGAGGUGCUGCUCCUCCCAGGUGGGAUUGGAUCGAGGGGACCGGAGAGCGACAAGUGGAUGAAGCCACAGGUCGAGUAUCUCAAAAGAUUGGAUUUGAGCGGCAAGGGGAGCAUCAAAUGGGUUCUUACUGUUUGUACGGGGAGUGAGAUUCUAGCUAGGACUGGUUUGUUAGAUGGCAGGAGGGCUACGACUAACAAGCGCGCGUUCGGCGAUGUCAAAGCCAAACAUCCGAAUGUUGAGUGGGUUGCAAAGGCUCGCUGGGUCGUGGAUGGCAAUAUAUGGACUAGCUCUGGUAUUUCGGCAGGGAUUGAUGUGACGUUUGCGUGGAUUGCGGAGGUAUUUGGCGAGGAGACGGCGCAGUAUGUGGCGGAUCGGAGUGAGUAUGAGAGGAAUGUUGAUGCGGGGAAUGAUCGGUAUGCUGAGAGGUGGGGGACUGUGUAG